UUUGAGAAGCCGAAGUUGACGUUUCUCUCGUCCGUCCGUACGAAGAUGGAGGUCUGUACCAGCUCGUCAUCUACCAUAAUCACUCGUCUCCCUUCGACUUCGAGCAUCAACCGCCAUGGAUAUCUCGCUGUUCAUGGAAUCUCUCUUCCUCUAGCGAAACGUUGCCUCUGUCCUUCUCCAAUCCCGUACCCGUACGACAACUGUGAAACCCUCCUAGGCACGUUGAUGCGUUGUAGUAGAGAUUUUCCAGGAGAAACAGUCUUUGAAGAAACAUCAACUGGAGAAGGAGGAGGAGUCAAUGAGUUUGGUGAUGGAGCUGUAGAAGAGAUAAACUCGACUAGUGAAGCUCAAGCUGAAGACGAGCACCAAACUCAAGCCCUAGAGUUCUUCAACGACAUUAAGCUGGUGGACUCAGACAAAACAUAUUCAAUCUUGCUUUAUGGGAGUGGUGCAGUCGUUGCUCUCUACUUAACUUCUGCAAUCGUCAGUUCACUUGAAUCAAUCCCUCUGUUUCCUAAACUAAUGGAAGUGGUUGGUCUAGGAUACACACUCUGGUUCACUACCCGUUACCUGCUAUUUAAGAGGAACAGAGACGAACUCAAGACCAAGGUUAGUGAAAUAAAAAAGCAGGUUCUUGGGUCUGAUUGUGAGUGAGAGUAGUCGCUAGUUUUUUUGGCUUCUAGAAAUUGUUCCUCACAGGUUUUUUCGUUUUCCCACUCGUUUUUAUGGAAACAACAAUAAUGUACCUCUUUUGGGUUUUUUUUUCUGCUGUUUUUUUUUUCUGAGUGUUGAGAGAGAAGCUUUUGAUGAUUAGAAUUUUAGGAUGGUUCCAAGUAACUUAAAUUCGAUGUUAUGUAUGUUAGUUUUCAAUGUUCUCGGUUUCGACUUUUAAACAUGAGAACCAACGCUAUGCAUCUUGCAAAAUGAUACCAUAAACCCC